ACGUACGUGAGAACAUGCUGCUCCAGAGUGCACUAGAGUGACUAUCUCUACUUAUACAUCCACAUCCCAUAUACGGGAAAGACAUCGAGACUUGGAAAAUCGUCAGCAGUCAGCAGCGACGAAAGAAGAACAGCAACGGAGUGAUUAUUUUAUGAAGUGAAAUCCAGUGGUGUACCUGGCAAGGGGUUCGGUAUUCAUUGUCGGCCGUGUCAAACGGUGGGAAGUGUGAGUUGGCAUUGUGUGGGGAUUGAAAAGUGAUUUUAGAGCACAUACCGUUGGAUACAACCCUGGUGGUCGUUUCGUUUUCUCUUUCGCCUACCCUUGCUUGUAUAAGUGCGCCACCACCGGUUCCAAGUGGUACCAUUUGAGGGUGAAAAAUGGCGACAACUGUUCGCUUCUGCAAGGAAUCAGUGCUAUUGAAUAAAGUGAACGAAUUUUGGCCAGUGCUGUAGACACGAAGUGAAAAAUUUCAGUGAGAGAUUAAACACAUUGACAAUUAGUCAAAAUGUCGAUUAAAAAUGCCAUAAAUACGGGAGAAAAAGAAAAUUUGCUGGCGAAGCAAAAUGACGUCGCACCAACACAGUGUGCGACCGCAGCGGUUACUGAGACGCUACAAGCGGCAACCGAGUGUACUACAGCAUCGGAAACACGAUCUGAGCCGACCGUGUUGACACUAGCGCCGCUAGUUGAUCCGUCGACCACCGGCACGAUGCUCGUUGAUGAAAACGACUCCGCCAGUGGGAAUCAGUUCGACAUUGCCCUAGCAACGUCCAGUGCUGGUGGUUCGACAAGAUCGUCCAGUAGUGGGGGUGGAAACGGAGCAGAUGCACCGGGUGAAAAACGUCGCAGCUCUGGCGAAAAGUCCAGCAGCAGACGGAAAACUCGUCGCGGUAAAACUAAGCGUGGCAAACGAUCGUCAAGCCAGCGAGCGUUCAGCAAGAGUCCGUGGAAGUUCCAGGUACCUAACCUACGCAAACGACGUUCCGAAGUUACACUAGGGUCAACUGGUGGGGGUGUGAUUCCGUUAAUAGCUCCUCUCCGUCAGCUGGAUCAUCCACUGUUAGUGCCAUACAACACCAACCGUUUUCUGAUGGAAGACCACAUGCCACAUGUCCUAACUCCAUCAGGUAGAACUCGUGAUUCUAGUUUUUCUAUAGAUUCAGAAGAAAAUUAUUUCUACUCACUACCAGAGGAUGAAGAGGAAUUUUUGACUAAGGAAUUCUCCAGCGUGUAUGAGGACGCGCGUUCGGAACGGCUCGAAGGGUUGAGUAAAAGCCAGCUGAUUCAGGAAUACCUCCAGCUCGAGGCUAACUUCGAGCAAGUCACGCGGCGGUACAACGCCGCCAAAUCGUUUGCGCUUAAGGAGGAAACCGAAAGUGCUGCGGGUAAUACAGCGACCAAAGACCCGACCGAGGGAGGCUCGGACCGGCGGCGGUUGGAGGAUAGAGUUCGGGAGCUCACCGCUGAGAAUCUCGAGCUUCGCCGACAGCUCGAGCACGCGUCCCGCAUCGGUAUGGUCCUGUCGGCUAAAUCGUCCCCACGAAACAAUGGAAAUCCGGUCGAGCGGAUGGAUAGUUCAUCCUGUACGAGCAGUGAGGAUAGUGAAUCGGACAGCUCGACCUCAUCCAGUUCGAGUACCACCGGAGAUGACGAUGACGGCGAUGGCAAUGGGAAACACCAUGACGCUAGUAGUUCCAGCAGCAUGAGCGGAGAUGAAGAAGAUCAACCAGGAGGAGCACCAUUCGGCUUGCUUUUUGGUGCAGUGGAAAACCCGCCACUGCCGUUGGUAGGUGAGGAUGUAUCCUUUCCGAUGGACGAAACUCGCACGAUACAACAAAACGGUAUACAUCCCGAUGAAGAUUAAAUAUCCGGUUCCUUUUAUUUCUCUGCAUCCGCUUUUUGCAUGGUGAUGCAGGUCAUAGUCACUAAGCGAUAACCGGAGCUGCUUUUCGUAGCAGUUGCAUAAGAAUAAUUUGAUAAUAUUUCUUUUCUAAUAUUGAUCUACAUUAGCGGUAAUCGGAAAACAUAGUCAUCUAGUUAAGCUUAACUGGAAUUCUCAAUAUUUGAGAGAAGUUUUUCACCUCAUAUUUGUUUCUGCUUCAAUUCAGUUUAGUUAUAAUUUUAAAAAGCAUUGAUAAAAAAUAACACGAAAAUAAGUCAUAAAAGGAAUAUUGUUCACAAAAAGUAUGCCCAUGUUUUUUUUAAAUAAAAUAUUGUGUUAAGUUUGCCCUUACAAAAGCAACUACUUGAGUUGCUACAGGCGUUGAAUACAAACCAAACCACAUCCACAAAUUCUUACACACAAAGAUGACGCAGGUCGUUGCGACAAAAAUGAAAUUGAUAUGUGAUUUCUCGAGUAAAAUAACGCUAUUUUAGUAUAUCGAAUGACAAGUAAAAUAUACAUACAUGAAUUAAGCUAUUAAGAGAGCUACAUUUUAUAGCGAUAACAAGACGGAAAUAAAUUAUGUGAUUACCAGGCGAAACAAAUAAGAAUUGCAUAUAUUUUCUAAGACACGGAAUUACAAUUCAAGGAAACAAAAGAAAAAAAAACAAAAACUUACCUCGGCGGACUCAAUGUUGUUAAUUUAUAUCUAGUUUAUUUCCAUACAUGAAUUUGAGUAUUUGAAUAAUAAUUUCGCUACUUAUGAUUAUCUUAAAUUUACACUCUUAAAAGGAAUCGAGAUAAUAAUCCUAUCGCUUCAUUCGACAUUACUAUAAAUACAAUAAAAUGAUUCGUUUGGCUAGAAUCCCUUUGUAUUUUGUCAAUCAUUCAAAUUUGUAGGACAUUAUAUACCAACGCCGAUCUGCAAAAGUCGAAGUUUUUUUUUACAAAUGUAACUGUAAUAGAUAAACAAGCGACAUCACAAUAAUUGAAUGAAGAAUGCAAGGCGAUUGUGUGAUUGAAUAUUACUACUGAUCUAUAAACUGCUAAACGAACGCUUAUUUCUGUUAUACAUUUUAAGGCAUGCAUUUUACAAUUUAUUCUAUAUUGUAUUGAGGAUAUAUUCGUAAGAAUCAACCAGGCGAUGAUAUGGUGAACAAAAAUCGAAUUUUGAUGAAAUGUGAGUUAAACUAGGUAUACGUGUUGUUUGAAGGAAAAAAGUAUAUUAAUGAUCAAAUCAAUAAAACAAAA